UCCCCCGUCCACGUUCGCAAGUGCGUGCCAGUGCGGUGAUAUGUCCAGGAGGAAGCAGGCGAAGCCUCGAUCUCUCAAACGGGACGAAGAGUGGGACGACGGUAACGAGCAGAAUGUCCUGGAGGCGGCCGAACAGGAUAACGAAACGACGGCGAUUAAGCAGGAUGACGAGGAAGAGGAGGAAGAGGAGGAGCUGCAACGAGCGUUUAGCCGUCAGUCAGAAGAUUAUCUGCAGGAUGGCAGGUCAACUUCCGUCCAAGGUCCAGAUUUAGAAAAUCAGAAUAGUCUCGACAGCGGCAUCCUAUCAUGCGAUAAAAAGGGGUUGCUACCCCUCGCGUUAGAGAUUGCUCGUUUUGACUGGCAGAAAAUACGUAAGGUGGAUAAGGUUCUCAAAUGGCACGGUAGGUUCGAGACGGAAGGAUUUAAGGAGACUUUACAAGAAACUUUGAAUUACGGCGUUCGAACGAUGUCUCGAACAGAGGUGGUUUCCGCCUCGACGUCGAAGGGAUAA